AUGGCGACGUCUCGGUCUGUCUGGAGCCUCCUGCUCAUCGGGCUAGUAUUCCACUUGGUCUACAUCGGGACAGUCUUCGACUGCUACUUCACAAGUCCCGUCGUCCAUGGCAUGCAGCAUUAUUCUCUCGAUAGCCCGGAGGCGAAGCGGUUGGUGCUCAUAGUAGGCGAUGGAUUGCGCGCAGACCUGCUCCUCGCGAAGAACGGAUUCUCUAUGGUUCCAGACUCUCCUGAAGACGUCGCGCCGCACUUGCGGUCAAUCAUCGAAACGAGGGGGGCGUUCGGGAUAUCACAUACGCGCGUGCCGACUGAGAGUAGGCCGGGUCACGUUGCGCUCAUCGGUGGAAUGUACGAGGACGUCUCUGCGGUGACGAAGGGAUGGAAAACAAACCCCGUAGACUUCGAUUCCGUCUUCAACCAAUCCAGCACGACCUUCUCCUUUGGCUCUCCAGACAUACUUCCCAUGUUCGCGCGCGGCGCGACUCCGGGCAAAGUCGAAAUGUGGUGUUACGAUGAAGACGAAGAGGACUUCACUAAAGAUGCGACCGCUCUCGAUGUUUGGGUCCUAGACCAGCUCCGUACCCUACUGCACAACGCCACGACCGACGCGAGUCUCGACGCCCGUCUCCGCGCCGACCAGACUGUCUUCUUCCUUCAUCUGCUCGGGCUAGAUACGACAGGACAUUCGUACCGGCCUCACUCCAAGGAAUACAUGGCGAACAUUCAAGUGGUAGACGAGAUCGUCAAGCAGACCGAAGAGCUCUUCCGGGAGUUCUACAAGGACGAAGAGACCGCGUUCGUCUUCACCGCCGACCACGGGAUGUCAAAGAUCGGGAACCACGGCGACGGCGAUCCGGACAACACACGCACACCGCUGAUCCUGUGGGGCAAGGGCGUCCGCGGUCCUCUGCCAGACAGCACACCGUCGUCGCACGACGAAUACUCGGCGCCGUUCGGCCUGACGCACCUGCUGCGCCGUGACGUGGAGCAGGCGGACGUCGCUGCGCUCAUGUCUGCGCUGAUCGGUGUCGAUUGGCCCAUCAACUCCGUUGGGGUUUUGCCGGACGUCGACCCUACGAAGCCCGGGUACCUCUUGGCAAAAGAUGGCGAGAAGACGCAGGCUGAGGCGGCGCUUGUGAAUGCGAAGGUCAUCCUGGAACACUACCGGGUCAAACACUUCGAAAAGAAGGCGAAUUCGAUAUUCUACCGCCCAUAUUCAUACUUCAGGUACUCUAAGGGUACAGAGGAGCUCCCGGGACAGAGUGACGUUACCUCUAUCGAAGACCUGAUUCGGUAUGGAGAGUACUAUCAAGCUCGCCUCCACGCGAAGGCGUUCAUAGCCGAGACACUCGAAGGCCUGCGAUACCUCCAGACAUACGACCGGACGCUGAUCCAAGGCAUCGUCACCGCCGCAUACCUCGGCUGGAUCGCGUUCGGCGCUACGUCCAUUCUGCUGCCCCAAACCUCCUUCGGCACCCCGAGAAGUCUCCCCUUCCACGUUGCUGCGACGUCCGUCGUGGCGGCGUUCUGGGCUUUGUUCGCUAAACAGCGGUCGCCUUGGACGUUCUACAUCUACAUCCUGUUCCCGUGCUACUUCUGGAAUCAGGUCCUCGUCCGCGCAGGCCGUCCGCUAUUGGAAUACAUCAAGCGAGACUCACCAGGAUCCGUCGUUGGUCCUCUGUCCCAAGGAGUGCUCGUCGUGGCCGCCCUGCAGAGUAUGGUGGCGGGUUACACCCAUCGAUCUAUCUGGAGCGCCUGGUUCGCUGCGAUAGGUCUGCUGUGGCCACUGUUCUCAUGGCCAAGUGCAGCUCGGUCGAAGCAUUGGCGAUUGCUACUCGGAUGGUCGGCAUGCUGCUUGAGUACUGCCGUUUUCCCGCUCCUGAGCGUGCAUCAGCAGGAGAACUUGAUCGGCAUUACUGCGGGGGCCAUCGCCAUGUAUCUGAUUGGGGUCGCUGGAAUACGGAUCCUCAAGUUCCCAAAUGCUCCAGAAACGUGGCUCUUCAAGACUGUAUCCUUCCUCCUGUUGAACGGACUCGGCUGGAGCGUCAUCCUCGUCAAUUUCAUCGUGCGUGACCUGCGCGAGAAGAAGGGCGUAUCACCCGUCUUCCGUAUCAUCGGAUGGGUGCUGUUCCUAAGCACUGCGCUCCUACCUUUCAUCCUCCGCGUGGGCCGAAGCAACCCGCACGCGCGUCUAUUGGGCUUCUUUCUCGGUUUCGGGGUCUGCUUCAUCUGGCUCGCGAUCGGCUUCGAGGGGCUCUUCUACGUCUCAUACUCCCUCACCCUCUGCCUUUGGGUCGAGAUCGAGUCUGUAUUGCGGGAGCAUGAUGUGAUCAGGAGCGCCUCGACCGGAAAGAACGAGCCUGCGGAGAUGCACGAUGCGAAUAUGUAUCGACCGAAAGCGGACGAUCUGCGCAUCGCAGUGUUCUUCCUGUUCUUCGUGCAAGUCGCGUUCUUUGGGACUGGAAACUCAUUCUACCUAGAGCCUGUAUACCGCCUGGUACCUAUAUUCAACCCCUUCCUCAUGGCGGCGCUGCUGAUGUUCAAGAUCGUUUCGCCAUACAUCAUCUUAGCUGUCACCUUCUCUAUCCUGAACGCGCGCCUCGAUCUCCCCCCGUUCAGCCUUUUCCUCGUCGCCCUGACCCUCACAGAUAUCAUGACGAUCACAUUCUUCCUGAACGUCACCGAUACGGGUUCGUGGCUCGAAAUUGGGCAGACGAUCAGCUUCUUCUGCAUAAGUUCCUUGCUGCUUGUCUGGUCCGCGGGCAUCUGCGCGGUGGGCGAGGUUCUCAUGGCAGGCCAACCCCGAGGCAGUCAUGUGAGUAGGGAGAAGGUAGAGUGA